GACGUGGAGAAGGAGAAGCUCCUUCUUUCCUUCAAGGCAGUGGCAGGAGGAGACACUGAGGGACCGCCUAAACCCAAGUUUGACUUUGAGGUUGGGAAGAAAGUGGAGGUUAAGGUGGUGAGUAAAGUCCUUACCGGUCUGGAGGUGUCCAUUCUGCCAGAGGAGACCACCGCCUUGCUACCCAUGAUGCACCUCUCCGACCACGUGUCCAACUGCCUACUGCUGUGGGAGGGGCUGCAAGAGGGUGACAUCAUCUCCAACAUUGUCUGCCUCAGCAAGAACAAACAGAAUAUUACCCUGACUAAAAAGCCCACUGUGAAGUCAUUCCUGGAGGAGGGGGGUGUGGUGGCUAAGGAGUUCUCUGACAUCACAGUUGGGGUGCAGCUGAUUGGCUGGGUCAAGAACAUCAUGCCCUACGGAGUGUUUGUGGAGUUCCCCUAUGGCCUGGUUGGCCUGGCCCCUAAAGCGGCCAUAAGUGACAAGUUCGUCAGCGACACGGCGGCUCACUUCCAGCUGGGCCAUACGGUGGUUGCCAGGGUGACCAACUUGGACGAGGAGAAGCACAGGUUCCUGGUCAGUCUCAAGGUGUCAGAGGUCACCUCCCCUGAGAGAGACGGCCAGGCCAGGCUGAUCCGAGGCCUGCAGGAGAGGAAGGCCGUGAUGGAGAUGAUGGCCAACAGAGGUGACUCUGACCUACUCCAGCAGCUGUCUGCGGUGACCAUAGGCCAGAAGAUGAAGAUGAGCGUAGACGAGGUGAGGGAGGAUGGGAGUGUCACCUUCAAGUCAGACGAACUCAGCGCAGCCACCGUACUGGCCACCAAGGACCAUGCGCCGGGUAAGUUGGCGACGGGACAGAAGUGCAUGCCGGUAAUCCUCCACGUUGACCUCGUGACCUCUCAAGUCUACGUGUCCCUCUUGACGAAACUGACCGGCAAGAGGCAAGAGGUGGAGGCAGGGUCCACACACACUGCCACUGUGCAUCACGUCGACGCCUGCGAGGAACUAAGGGCUCCCCCUAGUGUCCUGGGAACUCGCCCGACCGAACGCAAGAGAUUAAUCUCCGACUCCAAGGGGUCGAAGGGCACGUAUCGCUACGGCGACGUGGUCAAGGGGAAGGUGAAGAAAGUGAAGCCUACGUGUGUGCUGGUGACGCUAGAGGACGGGAGCACGGGGUGCGUGCACGUGUCCGAGAUACAGGAAGUGGUGUGCGUGGGAACAUUCCCCACGUCCCUCCUCAAGAUAGGAAGUGAGGUCACAGCCCGGGUCAUCGGAGGACGGGAGGGCAACAGUCACAGGUUCUUGCCGUUCUCCCAUCGCAACUUCACUUACUUCCAUGAUGCCAAACACCCAGAGAAGCUGUUCAAGCUGGGCCAGGCGGAUCCCAACCUGGGUCUGCUGGUGAAGCUGCCAUUCAGCGCCAUGGGAACGGUUGCCAUGGAGGACCUGGCCGACAAAUAUAAGCGAAAACCUCUGGAGCGGUACAGCAAGGGCCAGUGCUGCAUUGUAGGAGAGGCGAAUGGCAAAUGGCAGUUGUCCCUCCGCUCUUCGAGGACGGACCCAGAGAAGGCCUCGGUAGUCAAGGACCCCGAGAUUGUGUCUCUAGAAGACCUGUCAGAGGGGCAGAUCGUCAGAGGCUAUAUGAGGACUGUCAAUGCACAUGGAGUCUUUCAUCGACAAGAAAACGGUCUGGUGGAUCUGUCUCUGCUCCAAGAGGACACUGGGAAACCAGACGUGCUCCCAGAAUCCCUGGGGCUGCACCUGCGCCUGACAGGAGAGGCCAAGGAGAAGCGUGACGCCACCAAGAAGAGGAAACGCACAGAGUCGGAGAGCAAACAGGGAACUGCAGAAAAUGUUUCGAAGAAGACGAAGAAGACGAAGAAGGGGAAGAAGGGUAAAGGGGAGGACAGCGACAGCGGAGUGGAGGUGUACUUCAGAGAAGAAGAGGAGGAAAAUAAGUUGGAGGUAGAGAAGCCCGUCCCAGUGCAGCCAGCCAGACUGCAGGUGACCGGAGGGUUCUCCUGGUGUAGCGCUGAGCGGCCUGAAACCAGCAUCCGCUGCCCUGGGGGGGAGGACAACGAGGUGAAUACCAAGCCCCAGAAGAAGUCUCACCAUGAGCAGGAGGUGGAGAAGCGGGAGGCUGAGAAGGCCCUGACCAAGCUGGAGACGGAGCUGAUGGACCCAGGCCUGCGACCCCAGACGGCGGCUAGCUUUGAGCGCCUGCUACUAGGCUCCCCUAACAGCUCUCUGCUCUGGCUGCAAUUCAUGGCCUUCCACCUGCAGGCCACACAGAUAGAACAGGCUAGAGCGGUGGCUGAGAGGGCUCUGAAGACUAUCUCCUUCAGAGAAGAGCAGGAGAAGCUGAAUGUGUGGGUGGCUCUGUUGAACCUUGAGAACCUGUAUGGGACAGAGGAGAGUCUUCAGAAGGUGUUUGAGCGAGCCGUGCAGUAUUGUGAACCCAUGCCCGUCUACCAGCAGCUGGCUGACAUCUACGCCAAGUGUCAGAAGACUAAGGAGGCGGAAGGUCUGUACAAGACCAUGGUGAAGCGGUUCCGUCAGGAGAAGGCUGUGUGGCUGAGCUACGGGACCUUCCUGCUUCAGCAGGGUCAGAGUGACGCGGCCAGCGCCCUGCUACAGAGGGCCAUCAAGAGCCUGCCUAACAAAGACAAUGUGGAUCUGAUAGCGAAGUUUGCCCAGCUGGAGUUCCGCUACGGAGACGUAGAGCGAGGAAAGACCAUGUUGGACAGGAUCCUGACCAGCUACCCCAAACGCACCGACCUGUGGUCCGUCUUCAUAGACCUCAUGGUCAAACACGGCUCCCAGAAGGAAGUCCGGGCUGUGUUUGACCGUGUGAUCCACCUGAGUGUGGCGGUGAAGAGGAUCAAGUUCUUCUUCAAGCGUUACCUGGAGUAUGAGAAGAAGAACGGCACGCCAGAGAGCAUCCAGGCUGUCAAGGAGAAGGCUCUGGAGUACGUGGAGUCUAAAGGGACAGAGGCCGCCAGAUAGAGAGACACACACACACGUCAUAUUUUGGGGAUUUUCCAACAGCUGUUGUGCAACUGUGGGAAAAGAAGCAAAUUGGCAAGGAGCUCAAGGGGAAGCCUGACCUGAGUGUCAUAACAGCCUCGACACACACACACACACACACAGAUGUAGCCACACAGAUACAUACCCUGCUGUUGGAUAUUCAGAGAAGACAUUUGUUAAUUGCUUGAGAGCUUUCAAAUGGUGACAUGUCACACAUGAUAUGGACUUGGAAAUGUGGGAGGUCAUUCUACCUGGUCGUUUUAACCCAUUUUGCAUAAAUAGCAUAAU